AAUGUCACCAAUGUGCUGCUCCUGGAUGUCACUCCCCUCUCUCUGGGUAUUGAGACUCUGGGAGGUGUCUUUACUAAACUUAUUAAUAGGAACACCACAAUUCCAACCAAAAAGAGCCAGGUAUUUUCUACCGCUGCUGACGGACAAACUCAAGUAGAGAUUAAAGUGUGUCAGGGAGAGCGAGAGAUGGCUGGGGACAACAAACUUCUAGGACAGUUCACUUUGGUUGGAAUUCCCCCAGCCCCUCGUGGAGUCCCUCAGAUUGAAGUUACAUUUGACAUUGAUGCCAAUGGUAUUGUUCACGUUUCUGCCAAAGAUAAAGGAACAGGACGUGAACAACAGAUUGUGAUCCAGUCUUCUGGUGGAUUAAGCAAAGAUGACAUUGAAAAUAUGGUUAAAAAUGCAGAGAAGUAUGCUGAGCAAGAUCGGAGAAAGAAGGAACACGUUGAAGCAGUUAAUAUGGCUGAAGGAAUUAUUCAUGACACAGAAACCAAGAUGGAAGAAUUCAAGGACCAGUUACCUGCUGAUGAGUGCAACAAGCUAAAGGAAGAGAUUUCCAAAAUGAGAGAACUGCUUGCACGGAAGGACAGUGAAAUGGGAGAAAACAUCAGACAGGCAGCAUCUUCACUGCAGCAGGCGUCACUGAAUCUCUUUGAGAUGGCGUAUAAAAAGAUGGCAUCUGAACGGGAAGGUUCUGGAAGUUCUGGUACUGGGGAACAGAAGGAAGACCAGAAGGAGGAGAAACAGUAACAAUGGCAAGGCUUUGAGAGAGGCCAGAAGGACAACAUGAAGCUUGGGAGUAAAGGGACGUCCUGAGCAGAAAAGGGUCAAACUUCAGUCUUUUUACUGUGUUUUUGCAGUAACCCAUAUAAUUUCCUUAAUAAAUAUAUGUAGUGAAAAUUA